AUGUCUGCCGUUGAUUACCUUCUCCAUGAGUCGGCCACUGGGUUCGCAAUCUUUCAGGUUGUGCAUCAAGCCGACACAAUUGGCAAUCGCUUGAAGGAAGUUCAAGAUGCUGGUCAAGAUCUUGCGAAAUUUGGCAAGAUGGUCAAGCUUGUGAAUUUUGCGCCAUACAGAAAUGCUGCUGAGGCGCUCGACAAUAUCAACAUGGUCUCCGAGGGUGUACUUUCCGAUUACCUAAAGUCGAACUUGGAAUUGAACAUGCCAAAACCAUCGAAGAAGAAGAAGACCAUCCUCGGUGUCUCAGACAAGACUUUGGCUGGUAGCAUCAAGGAGGAAUUCCCAGGUGUUUCUUGUGAGACUGGUGAAACUUCCGAGGUUGUCGCAGACUUGCUCAGAGGCUUGCGAUUACACGCACCAAAAUUGUUGAAGGGUCUACAAGUGGGUGAUGUCGAGAGAGCUCAAUUGGGACUUGGACAUGCAUACUCGCGCGCUAAGGUCAAGUUCUCGGUCCAGAAGAACGAUAACCACAUUAUCCAAGCUAUCGCUACCUUGGAUCACCUCGACAAAGCUGUCAACACUUUCUCUAUGCGUGUCCGUGAAUGGUACGGAUGGCACUUUCCAGAACUUGUUCGACUCGUUUCCGACAAUCACACAUAUGCCAAGCUUGCAUUGGCAAUUGGCAACAAGAAGAAUUUGAACGACGAAUCAUUACACGAUAUUGCCGCCAUUGUCAGCGACGAUGGAGACGUUGCCCAAUCAAUCAUCGAUGCUGCAAAGGUUUCUAUGGGUCAAGAUAUUUCGGUCGCUGAUAUGGAGAAUGUCUCCGCAUUCGCAAAUCGUGUCGUCAAGCUCGCCGAGUACCGAAAGUCCCUUUUCCAGUACUUGACCGACAAAAUGGCUAUUGUUGCACCCAACUUGGCAGCUUUGAUUGGUGAAGUUGUUGCUGCUAGACUCAUCUCCCACGCUGGUUCCCUUACCAACCUCUCAAAAUACCCAGCCUCCACUGUCCAAAUUCUCGGUGCUGAGAAGGCAUUGUUCAGAGCGCUCAAGACCAAGGGUAACACACCUAAAUACGGAUUGAUUUACCACUCCAGCUUCAUUGGUCGCGCAGGCGCAAAGAACAAGGGACGCAUUUCCAGAUUCUUGGCAAACAAGUGCAGUAUUGCAAGCAGAAUCGAUAACUUCACUGAGGUACCAAACAACAAAUUUGGUGAGGCUUUGAGGGCGCAAGUCGAGGAAAGAUUAGAAUUUUAUGCCACCGGUGCCGCACCAAUGAAGAACCAGGAUGCUAUGAAAAAAGCAAUGGAUGCCGUUCUCGGUGAUAUCAACGUUGAGGAUCCAGUUGCUAAAGAUACCGAAAUGGCUGACGUCGAAUCUACUCCCGUCGCCAAGAAAGAGAAGAAAGAUAAAAAGAGAAAACAUGGUGAAGAAGAGGGUGAGAAGAAGAAGAAGAAGAAGAAGAGCAAGACGGAAUAG